CAGUCCCCUGUUUCGCCACUCUGUCAAAUUUCCUAUUCCCUCCCAAAAACUGAAUUGAAGAAACGAGGAACCCUAAAAAACUGAAUUGAUUCCUCUUCCAUCUGCCUCUGCUUGCCAUCGGGGCGAAAGCAGAAAUUUCCACUUUCCCGCAGGUAGUGACUGGUCGGAGAGUUGAGGGAUUGGGUGCAGGCCAGUAACCAACAGUUCCAGGUCCUCGACUCCACAGCCUCUUUCCCGGGAAACAGUUUCCGAGUGCAGUUCAAGAUAUAAGCCUUACUUCCCAUCUUGAGUCAAUUUCAACGUCGUUUAGGAUCGUCAGCUGGUCUCCCGUGGCGAUGAUCGAGCUAGGAGAUGAUGGCCAAAACAGUGAGCAACUUCUCGAGGAUUGCGGAAAUGGACUCGACUUUGAUGACAAUGAUCUUGAAAUUGAGGCUGAUGACCUUGAAAUUGCUGACACCACCCUUGAUAGGGAUCCCCAUGACCUUGCUAUUGAGGAGAGCACUCUUGAGAUCACGGGCAAUGAUCUCGAGAUAGAAGAGACAAACAUUGUGCUAUAAGAGAACAACCCUGAGAUAGAAGUUGAUGAAGGUAAUAAACUCGAGUAAAAUUGUGAGCGAAUGCUCGAAUUUGAAGAACAUGGUCAUACCAGUGAUGAUAUGACAGCCCCUGAUGCUGAAAAUGGUGAACCUCAUGGAAUUGUCUACCUUGCACCUGUUCUGGGGAUGGAGUUCGAAUCAUACGAGGAUGCAUACGACUAUUAGUCUAUUACAACUGCUAUGCGAAGGAUUUGGGUUUGCAAUUCCAAUUGAAUCCUCAUGGACAAAGCGUAACAGCGAGGAGAAACGUGACACAGUGCUCUGUUGCAACUGCGAGGGUUUAAGACGAUGAAAGAAGCAAAUAAUCGACAAAGGGAAACGAGAACCGGUUGUCUGGCAAUGAUAAGGCUGAGGUUAGUAGAAUCCAAUAGAUGGAGGGUGGAUGAGGUUAAACUUGACCACAAUCACUCAUUUGACCCCGACGGAGUGCAGAAUUCCAAGUCCCACAAGAAAAUGGAUUCUGGAAGUAAAAGGAAGAUGGAACCAACUGUCGAUGUUGAAGUGAGAACAAUCAAGUUCUAUAGGACAACUACAACUGACCCAUUAGGCUAUGGAAGCUCCAAUUCCAAUGAAGGGGAAGGUAGCCGCCAAACUGAUAGAUCCAAGCGCAGGCGCAGGCUUGAAACUUCAAAAAGGGGAUGCACAGGCGUUGUAUAGAUACUUCUCUCAAGCUGAGCUGAAAGAUCCAGACUUUUUCUACCUGAUGGAUCUCAAUGAUGAAGGCAUGUUGUGCAUAUAAUUCUUUGUAGAAGGGAAAUCAAUUUUUUUCAUGGAUACUAGUUCAACAGGUUCUUUUGUGAGUGAGUUCAACUUCCUACUGAAAGUGUGUUCACUGCAAAAGGGGGAAAAAGGUUAGCUUAGCAAUUUGCAUUUUUGUUAUUCUCGCUAAGAGACAGAGACAGAUUCCAUAUCCUGCUCUCUCUGGUAGAAAUAAGUGACUUAGCGUCUAUAUGUUGCGUGUGAAUUUGCUUCUACCUUUCAAGUAUUUGGUUCUCUUCCGUUCAACAUUAUGGAGCAGCUGAGAGCAUCAGUGUUCUGUGAUAGUCAUUUACUUGGCACUGAGAAGACGUUUUAUACAAACAGGUGAGAACAUCUGAUUAAGAGCCUCCGCAGUCUUUCAGUUUGAGUGUGUUAUAAGUUGAGCAUUCAAAUUGAUUCAUUAUGAAUAGAACUACUUCACUGGGGCUGAUAGAUUCCCAGGUUUCUGAGUUUGUUUGCCUACCUUCUAUGAUACCCGGCUUCUCCUGGCAGUUGAAAGUUGGCUUCUUUGUACAAGGCCUUCUCUUUCCCGUUGUAACUGAUUUGCAGAUAAAAUCAAAAUUGCAAGCUAGUUUCUAGUUGACUAGGUACCAUACCAAGAACUUCUUCAUCUUCAAAGUCUUGCUUUUGAUUCUUAUACUUAAAAACCCUUGUGCUGCAAACUUUUUGAGUGUGGAAUUCGUUGAUUCCACCCAUGUAAUGUUCUUCUACAUUGUUUGUCCAAUCGCGCAG